GAAUCCACUAAUGGCUCCCUUACAUCUCGGAGCUGUCAUGUGAAAGAAAAGGUAGACUGUCAUUUGUCUGGACCCUGUGUUAAUGAUGAUAAUGACUGUGGAGAACAAGGUCAAUUCUGUUAUACCAUGUGGACGAAUGUGAGUGGUAAUGUCUCUGUUUCAGCAAAGGGUUGCUGGCAACAAAAUGAUAAUUGUCUAACACAAACUUGUACAUCAUCAACAAGACAUUUUAAAGGCAAGGAUUAUUAUUUCUGUUGCUGCAAUACAGACUUCUGUAAUGAGCCGUUUGGUCUUGAGCGUGUGCCUAUGCAUCCUAAUGCAACCAGUAACGGUAAGUUGGAAUAUAGUAGAUUUCAGAAUUCUAUAUGUGACAUGUAUUCUCUUAGCUAACAAAAUGUGAGCUCACACGGGAAAAGGUACGCUAACAGCUAUCUGUUAAAACGGCAGAAAGCGUUAGAUAUCCAUUUGUUAUCCGCUAAAACGCUUUAUCAAACCACUAAUCCAUUAGACGAAAUGUUUUCAUUUUAAUCCACUCCAUUAAGACAGUAAUGCCCAUCCAUUAGAUUAAUAUACCAAGCUGUUUAAACGGCAAACACUAUCCAUUUUUUUGGAACAUCACAGGCUGUCUAAACACUAUCACUAACUUAAGCUCUUGGACAAGAACGGAAGAUUUAUGUUAGAAAAGUUUAUCUCUUUCUAUUCCUUACUCUUGUUACAGCCUUUGUGACUUCGCAAUAUCAAGCUUGCAAAUUCUGAUCACUUAAAAACCUCGAGGCAGCAUCACUGUGUAAAACUUCAGAGUGCACAUCUCAAAUUAUCGCAUCUGAAUGCAAUUCCAAUACUGGCAAGUCUUUAAAGCUUUUCCAACUUUGUUGAGCUUGAUUGGCGGGAAAAUCUACACUCUGCUGAGGGAUCUUCUUGCACCGGAGAAGCCAGCUACAAAGUCCUUUCAACAGACUGAUAGUUACCACUCUCCAGGAGCAUUUGAG